UAGAAUGGACAGUUACUUUAAAGCAGCCGUCUGUGACUUGGACAAAGUACUUGAUGAAUUUGAGCAAAAUACAGAUGAACUUGACUGCUACAGAACAGCUGCAAACCAGUGUGAUUCAAUACAGCAUUCAGUCUCUUCAGAAUUGGAUUACUUACAACCUGUAUUCCUGGUACCAAAAGUGCAAGAAUAUGUUAGCAGUUGUAGUAUGUCAGAAGAAUUCUCUCUAGCCAGUCAGGCUACAACAAAUACAGCAAAGUUUGAACUGAAUUCCUCAGCACAAAAUGAGAAAAAUGUUACUGGACUUGAUCUUCUGUCUACUGUGGAUGGUGGUGCCUCAAAUGAAAUUCAGCCUUUGAGCCUGGGGAGGUGUAGUAUACCUAUAUGUGAUCUCAUCAGUGACACAGGUAAUUUGAUCCAUUCAACGAGUAAUCAUGAAGAUAUUCAGAAGCUGCAGCCAGAUGACUUCCAAUGCAAUGAGAACUCUUUGGUUGGGUUUGAUUUAUCUUUAGUACCAGCUACAGUUUGUAGUUUGUCAGUAGCUUUCGGUGGUGUUUCAGGCACAGAACAACAAAAUGGUGGGGACACAACACUACAAGAUGAAGGACAUGUUGCAACAAAAGAGUUGAGCCAGUUGGAUUUUAAAACACACAAUCGUGGUAAAGCAAAGCUCUCAGAGUCAUGUGAUAGUCAAAUUAGGACAGAAACUUUAAAGGAUAAUCAGGUAUUUGAUCAGCUGGAACAAAUUACAGGCCUUUACUCUACAUCUGCCUUUGUAACAUCACAGACCCCAAAUGCACUCAGUUCCAAAGAUGACACAACCCUUGAAAAGCUGCCUUGUGAAUCAUUAAAAGAUGCAAGUCUGUGCUGUGUGAUAAGUCAAGAGUCACCUGAAGAGAGUGUUAAUGAAAAUGUAGAUUCAAAAGAUGAAGGUAAUGGGGAAUCCUUGCCUUCUGAUCUGCCAAAGAGUUCUGAAUUACACAAAAGCAGUUUAAAAUUAUCUGGAAAAUGUGUUUUACCAGACUCUUCUUCUCAAAUAGAGGAUAGGGUAGUAUUAGAUAAGAUGAAAAGUGCAGAAGAAAACAUGUGCAGUCCAGAACUUAAUACCAAUGAAAUAUUGCACAGUGUUUCAACUUCACAUGUAACCGAUGAAGAUAUCCAAACCUCAUUGUCAUGUCUUCCACUUGCUGUAUCCAUAUGUGGUUCAUUAGUUGUAACAGAAGACAAAAGUGGCCAUAUACCUCACAAUGAAAAAGCAGAUGUCAUCAGUGAUACUGUGACUAUGCAUGCAGGAAAAUCUAAGCAUGGAUUCUCCAAUAUGGAAUCCUCUGGAAAGAUGGAACCUUCUGAACAGGAAGGAUAUCUAAACCAAAUCAACCAAUGCUUUGUAGAAGAAGCUAUAACUAUAGCCGGAAAGAAGAGGGAAUCUGACAACAAAAUUAAUAAAGGUGAUUCUCCCCAAAUCCACGCUGCUGCUGGCCCUGUUGGAGAAUCUAAAAUUGAACUGUGCAGUGAUGGUAUUCAGCCAGUUGACAGUCAUGAUCAAAGUAUUACUUGUCCAGUUUUAGCUGACUUAACUAUUGAGGAAGACUUAAUUAAAAGUGAUUCACUGAUUAGUGAUGCUGAGCUUGAUGCCUUCUUAUCUGGACAGUGUCUUCAACCCAAUAAUUCAAAGCCCUUUGAAGAAGGUAUGGAUGAUCUGCUGGAGUCUGAUGCAAAUCAAGCAAACCUGGAUUUCAAAAAGGUCAAUGAUUCACAAACAAAAGCAAAACUGGAGGAGAUUGGAGAGAUUUUCAGUAUUAAAAGUACUUGUAGAAUAGCUGAUAUUGAAUAUAAAUUGGAGUCUCCCCCAGAAAAAAGUACAUAUCCUAUUCAACAAGAGGCCUCUAACCAUAUAACUGAGACUCCUAUUGAAGUACCUGUCCCUACUCUUAGCCAUCAGAACGUACAUAUUGGAGGUGCUAGACCUAAACAGUUGCUUAAUCUUUCUCAAAGAACUGCAAUUGAGAGAGAGCUCAGCAAGCCAAAUAUGCCUAUGACUGAAUUCCGGGAAGUGAAUUCCAUACCCCCAAAAGCCCGUCUCUCAGAAACCAAAACUAGUACUGACAUAAGCUCCAAAUGUAAUCAGUCUGAUACAGAAAACUCCUUGGAAGCAGGUGGAAGUUGUGUGCCUCCAAGCAUAGAACCUGUUAAAACACCUCUAGUUCUGGGACUAAAACAGCCACCCUGGGUCCCCGAUUCAGAGGCACCCAACUGCAUGAACUGCCAAGUCAAGUUCACAUUUACAAAAAGAAGACACCACUGUCGUGCAUGUGGGAAAGUGUUCUGUGGUGUCUGUUGCAAUCGGAAGUGUAAGCUGCAGUACACUGAAAAGGAAGCAAGAGUCUGUAUUGGCUGUUACAAAUCUAUUAAUAAAGCACAGGCAUUUGAAAGGAUGAUGAGUCCAACUGGUCCUAUCCCUAAUUCCAGUAUCUCCUCUGAAUGUUGUUCUACUGUUCCACCUUUGCAGGAAGCUCAGACAGUUGGCACACCUAAUUCUCCUUCAUCUUCUGUUUUGUUACCUAUCUCUGUACUUAAACAACCAGGUGCUGAUGGGCUGUGCGCCAGAGAACAGAGGAGAGUCUGGUUUGCAGAUGGUAUUUUGCCUAAUGGUGAAGUUGCAGACACAACAAAACUAUCUUCUGGAGUCAAGAGGUCUUCGCAAGAGCUGAGUCCAGUAAGCCCUGACUUACCAGAGGUUGCAAGUCCGGUAGAUGACAUCUGUGUAACUGAUGUAAAACCAAAGGAUGAAACUCCAAUUACUGCAGGAACUGAGAAAUUCCAUUGUUCCUUACAUGUUGCUCCAGAUGAUGACCAGUUGCCCACUACAGGGAAAACUGAGAUGUUGCAUAGUCCUGACUCUGUAAUUCCAGCUGCUGAUGAAUUACCUUUUAUUACAAAAGUUGAGAAGUCUCCUAGUCUUGGCACAGUUAACCAAACUAAUGAUGAUUCACCUGUUAGUCCUUCAGACUACAGAAUGCUAUGUGGUAUUGGAAACUGUGUUAGCAAAGAGUUCAGCCUUAUUCCUGAUGAUGAUGGACUGCCACCAUUCUUACUUGCAACUGGAGAAAAAGGAAAAGAUCCUCUGGUGGAAGAACACCCAUCUCAUCAGCAGGUCACCUUGCUUCUUGCAGAAGGAGGACCUAAUCCAUUAACAUUUAUCCUAAAUGCAAACCUCCUUGUGAAUGUCAAGUUAGUAUCUUAUUCUUCAGAAAAGUGCUGGUACUUCUCAACAAAUGGAUUACAUAGCUUGGGUCAGGCAGAAAUUAUCAUUAUGUUGGUAUGUUUGCCAAAUGAAGAUGCUGUUCCUAAAGAAAUCUUCACGUUGUUUGUUGACAUAUAUAAGGAUGCAGUGAAAGGAAAAUACAUAGGAAACUUGGAAAAUUUUACCUUCACUGAAAGCUUUCUUGGUAGCAAGGAUCAUGGAGGAUUCCUGUUUGUUGCACCAACUUUUCAGAAACUUGAUAAUCUCGUGUUACCAAAUAAUCCUUUCCUUUGUGGCAUUCUCAUUCAGAAACUGGAAAUACCAUGGGCAAAGGUUUUUCCAAUUCGCUUAAUGUUGAGAUUGGGAGCAGAAUACGGGGUUUACAGGCUGGCUGUUGCCACUGCAAUGCAACUCUUCCUGCUUUUAGGGGCUGCUGUUCUUCCACAUUUGCUAUACAGGCAUCUUGUGCUUCUGAAUCAAACAUACCCAACUCCUGUAACAAGUAUCAGACACCGAAAGCCUCUCUUUGGGGAGAUAGGACAUACAAUCAUGAACUUACUUGUUGACCUUAGAAAUUAUCAAUAUACCUUGCAUACCAUAGAUAAUUUAUUUAUCCAUAUGGAAAUGGGUAAAAGCUGCAUUAAAAUCCCUCUGAGGAGAUACGAUGAAGUAAUGAAAGUAAUACAUUCUUCUAAUGAGCAUGUUAUUAGCAUUGGAGCCAGUUUUAGCACUGAAGCAGAUUCUCACUUAGUUUGUGUACAGAGUGAUGGAGUCUAUCAGACACAAGCAAACAGUGCUACUGGCCACCCUAGGAGAAUUACAGGUGCAAGUUUUGUAGUAUUCAAUGGAGCCCUAAAAACAUCUUCAGGAUUUCUUGCUAAAUCAAGUAUAGUUGAAGAUGGACUAAUGGUACAAAUAACUCCAGAGACGAUGGAAGGUCUACGUCAAGCUUUAAGGGACAAAAAGGACUUUAAAAUUACAUGUGGCAAAAUGGAUGCAGAAGAAAUAAAAGAAUAUGUAGAUAUUUGCUGGGUAGAGAAUGAAGAAAAAGUAAACCAAGGAGUUAUAAGCCCAGUAGAUGGAAAGUCAAUGGAAGGAAUUCAGAGUGAAAGAAUACUACAGGGAGAUUUUGAAACUGAGGAAAAACUUAUGAAGUGUACCGAAGUGUUCUAUAUCCUAAAGGACCAUGAGCUAUCCAGUGCAACACCCUAUCAGUUUGCAAAAGAGAUUGCUGUAGCUUGCAGUGCUGCUCUUUGCCCGCAUCUCAAAACGCUGAAAAAUAAUGGGAUGAAUAAGCUAGGUCUCAGAGUCUCCAUUGAUACCGAUAUGGUUGAGUAUCAGUUAGGAUCUGGAGGCCAACUUCUUCCACAGCAUUAUCUAAAUGACCUGGACAGUGCUCUGAUUCCUGUGAUCCAUGGUGGGACAUCAGACCCCACAAGCUUACCAUUGGAAAUGGAAUUAAUAUUUUUUCUUACAGAAUACCUCUUUUAAUAUAAAUGACAGCAUAUAUUAUACUAUGUAUAAUCUGAUUUGCUAGAACUAACCCAACACCAAAGCUGUAAUGCUACCAACACUAAAAAAAUGUUAAGAUUUAUUUA